AUGGCAGAUGAAGAUCGAAUGGAUAUCGAUGAAGUUGUAGCAGACUCCAAGAGUGAAACAUCAACACCACAACCAGGCAAAUCAUCAACACCAUCAACAUCCAAACAGAAAUUCGAAGUAAAGAAAUGGACAGCAGUAGCAUUCUGGUCAUGGGACAUCCAGAUUGAAAAUUGUGCAAUUUGUAGGAAUCAUUUAAUGGAACCUUGUAUUGAAUGUCAACCUAAUUCUAUAGCUAAUAGUGGAGAAGAAUGUAUAGCCGCAUGGGGUGUUUGUAAUCAUGCUUUCCAUUUACAUUGUAUCAAAAGAUGGUUAAAAACAAGAAAUGCAUGUCCAUUAGAUAAUAUGGAAUGGACAUAUCAAAAGUUUGGUGCUUAG